UUGAUGGUAAUGUUUUUAUGUAAUGAUAUGCUAAUAUCCAGCUGUAUGCAGCAGUCGUAGUAAGGCAUGCGCAGUUACCUAUUAAGAAAACAGCAAGCAUUCAAAGUUUUUGUUUGUACCGCAUUUGUGUUGAUCUCGGCACCCAUCAGCACUAUCAGCAAGGGAGAUGUUUGGUUUUCAUAAAUCGAAGAUCUAUCGCAGCCACGAAGGCUGUUGCAUCUGCAAGACGAAGUCUUCCAGCUCUCGAUUCACAGACAGCGGGAGAUAUGAGGAAACCUUCAGACUCUGUUUUGGGUUGUUGGAGGACCGGACUGGAGAUAUCUGCAAUGCCUGUGUCCUGCUGGUAAAGAGGUGGAAAAAACUGCCCCUUGAGUCUAAAAAGAACUGGAACCAUGUAGUGGAUGCGCGAGCGGGACCAGGCUUCAAACUCAUAAAACCCAAAAAGAUGAAAAGCAGCGACGUCAAAAAGAUGAAAAGCAAGCUCCAGAAACUCCACAAGUUGAAAAGGCAAAAUUCUGAUGCUCACAGCACAGCAUCCAGUGCCUCUCCCUCACAGUCUCCCAGCUACAGCAACCACUCUGAUGAGGGUUCAGAUAUCGAAGCCAAGCGCAGACAUUCCUCUGCUUCAGGCUUUUCUUUCAUAGACCUCACAUACUGGAAAAGACAAAAGGUGUGCUGUGGCAUUAUUUACAAAGGUCGUUUUGGGGAAGUCAUGAUUGACCCUCGGCUUUUCAAGCCAUGCUGCGGUGCAAAGAAGUCGGAGACCCUCUCACAGCCAGACGCAUCUCCACAGGACCUGAAAGAAGACUGGUAAUUGAGGGCGGGUGCUGCUAGCCAUUUUCAGCACCCUCCUGGGUGCACCUUAGUGUUGUCUCCAGUGGCAGACUCGCAUUUUUAUACCCUUUUUUUUUUUUUUUUUUUUUUUUUUUUUUAUUAAUUCUUGUUUUUAUUAUUUUUCAUAAACUGUAAUUAGAACUUAAUGUAAAUGACUAAAGCCAGUCACAUUUUUUUAUUUUCAUUUUGAAAAUCAAUUUUGCUGUUUUUUUUUUAAUUAAGAAAAACAAAAUGCAGUUUUUAAACUAUGGGCAUUAGUAAAAUAUUUAUAGGAUCAGGAGCUUUAUUAUAUCUGGCCUAAAAGUACUCUUUUUUUAUUUUUUAUAUAUAUAUAUAUAUAUAUAUAUAUAUAUAUAUAUAGCAUUUAAAGACUGUAAAUAUUUUUUCUUUAAUGUGAGCGCCAUUUGUAAAUACAGUAUCUAGAUUUUCUUUUGUCAGAGCAUUGACUGCCUCGUGUUAUUUUUGUCUACUGUAAAUACAAUGUAGACAAAAAUGGUUUCAUUAUAUCCUGAUAUACAUAAUAUGACACAGACACUCAUUGUGUACCAUUUCAGAUAUCGGAGUGGAACCCAUUUCUUUUCCAGGUUAAGUAGUAGAGAUAUGUUGUGUGUUAUUCUUCAAAAUGUUCUGAAGGUACUUCACAAUCGUAAAACCAGUUUCUUUUGUGUAAAUGACAUCAAAUUCAGACACUGUGAUUGCCGUCCUCAAGAAAAAUAAGAAGACCUUUUAUUUUGUUGUGAAACACAGAAAAAAUAUCCUCACUUUUGUACACAGUUAUGUUAGAAAAUUUAUAUUCAUGCAUAAGAUGUCUUAAGCCUUUCUCUUUGAUCAUUUUUUUUUUAACGGUUUAACAGAAUAUUGCAGAUCUUCUAUUAAAACACUUAACAUGUCUGUUACCAUUUCUAUAUUCCAACCAAUGCACUUCCAGGGCACUGCGAGUGGUGGCUUCUGCGUAUUUGUUGCCAUGUGCUUGAGUUAUCGAUUUUAUAGCACAGCUAUAGUUUCUUUAAAUAACAUGGCUGUAGUGAUGAUACAAUGUUGGUAAUACAGAACUGCUUUAGAUUAAUCAUGGUCUUCACUCAUUUAAUUCUGCCAAAAGUGGUGCAAAUUCAACAUUCAAGUCUGUAAUCCAUUGUUCUAGUUGCUUCUGUGCUUAGCCACAUUAGUUUCCCAAAAUUAUAUUUACGUCAUCUGAUGUGCAUACUGUACCUUUGCAGCUUUUACUCCAGCUUAUAUAUAUAUAUAUAUAUAUAUAUAUAUAUAUAUAUGUAUAUAUAUACACAUACACAUUUUGUUACACUGUCCUGAAAUAAAAAUCUUGAUGGGGUUAAUGUACAAAACUUAUUUUUAAGGGUUGUUGGAUUAGUUUUUGUUGCAUAAAAACACUUUUAAGUAGAGAAAAAAAAAUCUGCGUUGCUCUGAAAUACUUUAACAGUGGCAUCUUAAAUUGUUAAUUGUAAUUACAAUAUUAAACUAUAAUCUAACAAUGCCAACCCUAAUCCCAUUUGUAUUGGCCUGUGUUUUGGUUAAUUCUGUCAAUGUUACGCAAGUCCUGUUUGGAUUAAACCAGUGUAUGUGCUAUUAGUCAGUUAAAACCAUUCUUGUAAAGUCAGAUUGCUGGCUGUUUCUGUGGUUCCUCCAAAUGUGCUCACAUACUUAUCAGUGUAGGUACACCACUUUUAUAGUUUAGACUCCCGUAGUGGUAGAAUGUUACAUUUUUUGGAAGCAGAGAAAGCUAUAUUUUGUUAUGGCUGCUCUUCUGAUAAAUCAUUUUCAGCGCCAGGCAGUAAUUGUGAAUUCUCAGUUUCAAAUGAAAACGGAAAAUAUUUAAAAAGUAGCCAGAAGAGAAUGAUUUUUUAUUUUUUAUUUUUUAUCAGUUUGUAUCACUCUUUCAGUAUAUUGAAUCAUGAAGUCUCUAUGAAGCAGAAGAAUCUGUAUGUAAUUCAGUUUGGUGGUGGCUUUUUUAGUUUAAGAAAAACAGUUACCAAAUGAUAACUAGUUGAAUCUUUGUAGAAAAGGUGUUCUUUCUAAUUUACAAUGAACAGUAAGGUGCAUUUCUUUUUUCAGUUAGCAUUUUAGGUGUGCCUUAAACCAGUGGAACUGUGCAACAUUUGUCAUACUUUUUAAAUAAAAUGUCUAAGUUUCCAGUGUAAUUUAUUUUAUUUAUUUCUCAUAAGCUUUCUGUAUUCACCUCCUACUGUAAAGAAAACUGUUUUUUAAAAUCAUUUUAUUUUUCUGCACUUUUAAAAUAUUUGAUGUUAAAUUGAAUGCUAUUUUAUAUAUAUCUACUGUAAUACUUUUGUAUUUUAAUAAAAUAUGAAAAAUAAA